AUGCCGCGGUUCAGCGUGGCGGAGGCCAGUCUCUGGGGGUGUCAAUUCGUGCAGUUCCUGCAGGACACGGGCCGGGAGCAGGCGAGCCUGCGGGAAACGCUGCGGACCAUCUACAACCAGGAGUUCCGCAGCAGGACUGAGGCAAAGACGCCCAAUUUUUCCUGCAUGUUGUUUGCACUGAGGACAACCCACCAGGUUCAGGUGCGCGGAGAGGUGGUGAAAUUCAAGGUGAAGAGGCAUGUGGUGGUGGCAGACCAGUACUGGCGACCCAGGAGGAAUGCACAGACAUCCGUGUCCACGUCUGCCUCAGGACAGCAGCUCAGCUCCACUCCACAAAUGCCCCAGCGCUAUGCCAAGCAGUGGGCUGAGCUCAUUCGUGGGAAGCACGGGGUGGAGAUCACCUCAGACUAUGACCAGGGCAACGGGAAUAUCCGCUUCCCAGUGGUGCCGGGUGAGUCCCGGACAGUCACUGUCCUGGUGCAGAACCGUGGGACAGAGGUGGUGACACUGCAGCGGUUCCAGGCACAGCAGCAGGCACGGGAGCUCUCCUUCACUGAUGAGCAAGGGGCAGCGCAGGGCCAGUCCCUGCUGCUACACCCAGGUGGGAUGUACCCCAUCCAGGUGCGGUGCCUCACCACCUGCAAUGGGCACUUCAGUGCUGUGGUGUCCUUCGAGUUCACCAAGGAGCCAGACGAGUCCUUCAGCAUCUCAUGCUACGUCGCUGCCAUUGCUGAGAGCCAGCUGGCCAAGGACCUGGGGCCCUCAGCACCUUUCCAGCCCUACGAGGCCAGCCUCCAGCGCCAUGUCACAGUCAUCACCGAGGAUGGCAUCCCCCCUGACAGCUCCCUGAAAAACGAACUGGAGAGGGAAAUCCCUCUGGGCACCUACCAGUAUCCAAAGAGCCUCAAGGACACAAUCCUGCUUGGACCCAACACCAGUGCCAGCUCCAGCUGGGCUGCCAUGCGCUCGCUGCUGGAAGCACCUCUGCAGGCUGAGAACUACUACCAGAAAUUCCAGCUGCUGCUGCACCUGGAGGAGAUUCAGAUGGAGGUGGACAUCCGUCGCUACGACAUGCAGGACGUGACCAUGGUGCAGGAGAGGGCACUGCUGAUUCUCGAUGUGCCUGGCGUGGCUGAGAACCGCCCAUCCCUGCUGAGAGGGGACCACCUGUUUGCCCACCUGAGCAGCGAGCGGGACCACUCCCCGCUCAUCCGCUACAAGGGCUACGUGCACAGCGUGGAGCUGGACAGGGUCAGGCUGGGCUUCUCCUCCAAGCUGCAGAAGAAGUUUGUGAAGAACUUGAAGUUCGAUGUGACCUUCACCUUCAGCCGGCUGCCACUGCAGGUGCAGCACCGGGCUGCAGUGCUGGCCAUACGCCGGGGCUUGUCCAGCCUCCUCUUCCCCUCCGCCUCCUGCCGCAAAUCCCUCUUCUCAGGGCCCUUCCAGCCGCGGUGGUUUAACUGCAAGCUGGAGACCAACGAGGAGCAGUGCAAAGCUGUGACCCACAUCGUGAUGGGGGUGUCCCGGCCAGCCCCAUACCUCAUCUUUGGCCCCCCUGGUACUGGCAAGACGGUCACUAUGGUGGAGGCCAUCAAGCAGGUGUGGACAUGCUUCAAGGAUGCCCAUAUCUUGGCCUGUGCCCCCUCCAACAGUGCUGCAGACCUGCUGUGCCAUUGCAUCAUCAAGGACAUUGCCCCUCAGAAUGUCUACAGGCUCAUUGCCAGCUCCAGGAGCUACAGGGAAGUGCCCACUGAUAUCAGGCCCUGCUGCAACUGGGAUGAUGAGCAGAGCAGCUACGUGUACCCAAGCAAGGAGAGACUGAGGCACUACCGGAUUAUCAUCACCACACUGGUGACAGCAGGAAGGCUGGUGUCAGCCAAUUUCCCCCCUGGGUUUUUCUCCCACGUGUUCAUCGACGAGUGUGGCCACGCGGUAGAGCCGGAGAGCGUCAUCGCCAUCGCGGGGCUCCUGGCUCCCAUGCAUGAGGAGACCAACCCCAAUGGGGGGCAGCUGGUGCUGGCAGGAGACCCCAAGCAGCUGGGCCCCGUCCUGACCUCACCACUGGCAAUCCAGUAUGGUCUGGGCACCUCGCUGCUGGAGAGGCUGAUGCUGCACAACCCCUUGUACCAGAAGUCGAGUGGAGGAUAUGACCCACAGUUCAUCACCAAACUGCUCUGGAACUACAGGUCCCACGAGGCCAUUCUCAGGAUCCCCAACGAGCUCUUCUAUGACAAUGAGCUGAAGGUGUGCAGGAGCAACGGGCUUGACAUCCAGAAUCUCUUUUGUACCUGGGAGGAGCUUCCCAAAAAAGGCUUCCCCAUCAUCUUCCACGGGGUUUGUGGGGAAGACCAGAGAGAGGCCAAGAGUCCCUCAUUCUUCAACACAGCUGAAAUUGAGGUCCUGGUCCACUACCUCAAGAAGCUGCUGCAGAGCCAGGGCAGGGGAAGCUGCCCCAGUGUGUCCCCCAGGGAAAUCGGCAUCAUCUCUCCCUACAGGAAGCAGGUAGAGAAGAUCCGGAAAGCCAUCACCUCCCUGGAUCCCGAUCUGCAGAAGCUGCCGGACAUCAGCCAGUUGAAGGUGGGCUCUGUGGAAGAGUUCCAGGGCCAGGAGCGGCAGGUGAUCCUCAUCUCCACCGUGCGCAGCAGCAGCACGUACCUCCAGUUCGACCAGACCUUCAGGCUGGGCUUCCUCAAGAACCCCAAGAGGCUUAAUGUGGCCAUCACCAGGGCCAAGGCUCUGUUGAUCGUGGUGGGUAAUCCUACUGUGCUCAGCAAGGACCACCACUGGCUCAGGUUCCUCAGGUACUGCAAGGAACAGGGUGGCUACACUGGAUACCCCUACGAGGAUGAGGGCACAGCUGAGGACGGGCUCGCCAACGACCUCCAGGCACUGCAGCUCAGUGUUUAGCACCCAGGAGAUGCACCUGGGAAGGGAGGAGAAGCCCCAUGAAGGUGCAUCCCCCUCUGCCUGUCCCAAGCCUGCAGCAGCUCCUGCUUUUUCUGUCUCAGUC